ACCACGUUGGCCCCUGAACCUACUUAUAGUCUCACAGCAAACUUGCUCGAAGUCACUUUUACAGCUGGCUUGAAUGACACCAAUAGCACCGAAUACCAACGACUUGAACAACAAGUUAUAGAAACGUGUGAUACAAUAUACAGAGCCGAAUUUCCGAAUACAUUUACCCGCUGCAUUUUGAAAGAUUUCAGUCCCAUACCCAUAUUACGGGUGACCGGAGUUCAAGCAAAUAUGGAAGUUGUGUUCGAUAGUACUACUCCUACUGCAGAGCUCCCUAACAAUGACCUCAUCGCUGACACCUUAGUAAAUGCUGUGAAUGAUUCCAACAAUAGCUUCAACGUGAGCAUAAAUCCUGCCUCAGUCCGUGUAAUUGCAAGUACAGUUACAGCUAUAACUACAACGGCCGCACCAACGACUGCAGCACCUACGACUGCAGCACCUACGACCGCUGCUCCUACGACCGCUGCACCUACGACCGCUGCACCUACGAUUGCUGCACCUACUACUGCUGCACCUACGACUGCUGCUGCAACGACUGCCGCACCUACUACUAUAGCACUCAUAACAUCCAGAGUGACUUUCAGAUCGGUUGAAUCCACAUUUACAAGUGACUUGCUAAAUCCAUCUUCUGAGGCUUUUAAAGCACGAGCUACAAUGAUAAAUGAACAGCUUACACCUGUUUUCCAAACGACAUUCCCUUCCACCUUCAAGUCAUUGGAAGUAGUGUCAUUCAGUAACGGAUCAGUCUUCACAACUAUGGACCUUAGCUUUGUAAGCACAAAUGUUCCUAACACAACUCAGAUUGCGAACACUUUAAUAAACGCAGCUUCAAGCGUCGUCGGCUUUGACAUUGAAGGCAGCUCCAUCGACGUUAAUGGCAUAUCUUCAAGUGGAGUAGUAAGCCACAAGAUCAGUCUCGUCACCGCAUCCUGCCUGGUACUGUUGUCAUGGUUACUGUCAAGCCAGCAAUAGCAUCAGUGCUGUUUUCCAGUUUAAAACAGAUCAUGAGUGCCAUCACUGGUAUGAAAAAUGAAUUUGUUGUCGGUAAAAAUCCAAGA